GUUUCUGGCAUUUAAUCUUGUUCUUUUCGCUUCCUAUCAUCUCAUUGUUUUCAACUUGGUGUUCACCGUACGUCUCGAUGGAAGACGAAGAUUAUGUUCCGAUGGAAGCCAAGGAUUUUUACAAGAUUUACGUUAAAGCAGGCGCGUUGUCGCCGGAGAUUGUGAAGAAUCCGGAGAUACAAGAAGAGGAUAGCGAGAGUCCUAAUUUCACAGAAAGUACUAGCAAAAAUGUAGUCGUCAACGAUGUUUAUGUUGCUGUUGGCAAAGAUGACACAGAUGUUCUGAAAUGGACGCUUGAGAAUGCUGCUUCCUCCGGUAGUACUCGAGUUUUUCUUGUCCAUGUCUUCCCUCCGGUCACCCACGUCCCCACACCCGUUGGAAGGUUAGCAAGGAGCCAAUUAAACGACGAUCAAGUGCGAUUAUAUGUUAAAGAAGAGAGUAACAAGAGGAGUAACCUCAUGCAGAAAUACGUGAACUUGUGCAAUGAUGCCAAGGUAACCGCGGAAACAAUACUCCUCGAGAGCAAUUGCACAGAAAAAUCAAUUGUUGAACUUAUUCCUGUUCUUAGCAUUACUCACCUUGUCAUAGGAACAAAAAGGCAUUCAAGGCCAGCGAGAAAACAAUUGUUGUUAGGGGAAUUUGUCAAGAACAAUGCACCGGACUUUUGUGAGGUUAGCAUCGUUCAUAAAGGCAAUAAGGUGGAGGUCAAUCAUCAAGUAGAUGGUCCAACAACGCCAGAAAAUACUCGUCACUUUGAAAAAACCCUUCUCUUUUCAUGCUUUCCAGUUCGCGGGAAGGCCAAGAUUUCUUAAUAUCAACCGCAAAAAGCUGUGACAGAGAUGAAACAAACUCAGCUAUGCAUUAUGGACAAUGGGAAGACUCCAUACUCAAGAGAUGAUGAAGUGGAAAACUCGAAAGCUAGCCAGCUGAAAAUGCACUGCUGGUAUUGUCAUGUUAGUCUACAAUAAUUCUAGUCUCAUACGCAGUAAUGAGAUGAGCUCGGAAUUAGAGUUAAGAACGCAAAACGAUUGAAGAUUGAAAAUUGAAGAAAAACAACGGAGGAUUUUCAAAUUUAUAACUGAAACCAAACAUUAUUUUAUGAUGUAGAGAUUAUGUAAGAGUGAAAUGAGUUCACAUCUUCCAUUUAAAUUUCUAAUAUUGCUUUGUUGAUAUAUUCAUAUAAAUUGUCCACGAUGUGUUCUCAUGUUUCUGAAAAUGUCGUAUUACAACUCCGAAUGGCUUCCAGCUGCUAAAUAAUUAAAAGAAACAGCAGGCAGCCCAAGAACGACAUGGCAACAAGCCAUGGAUGGAGAAAGAACGCCUGUUAGUCAGAUAUAAAAGAGGACAUUAUGCAGAAAGGAAAUAUACAAUAAAAAGAAGCACAUAAGGAGAACAAGAAGAAAAAGCUAAAACUCACACCAGUGGUGGAUCCAACAUAGCGGAAAAAUUGCCUCAGAUGAAUCGUGGUCAUCCGGCUGGUGGUAACCACUUCGUGCACAAGGGUUGCCUUGCAGAGGCGGCGCAGAGGGGGAGCGAAAGGUGUAAUCACACAGGGCUCCCAAAUUUGAAG